AUCGCUGCUGUCACUAACACAACACACAUCGUAACCUCACUCUUUUAGUCCAAUAAGUUGAAAGAUUAAAAUACAAUCUUCACUCUCAGGCAUUGCCAUUGACAUUAAUCUACACAAUGACCAUUCUAAAUGUUUUAAAAUUACGCGGAGUCCCGCAGAGGCUCCAACAUUUGAAAGCAUUCAUUCAGGACUUCUCAUCACAUGCACAUUUCGCCGAACAUCAAGCGUUGGAGAAGAUUCGAAACAUUGGCAUAUCAGCGCAUAUUGACAGCGGCAAGACUACAUUGACCGAACGAAUUCUAUUUUACACCGGUCGAAUAUCACAAAUGCACGAAGUUAAAGGGAAGGAUAAUGUCGGUGCUACCAUGGACUCAAUGGAAUUGGAACGUCAACGAGGUAUUACUAUCCAGUCGGCUGCAACGUACACAAAGUGGAAGGACUAUAACAUCAACAUCAUUGAUACUCCCGGUCACGUUGAUUUUACCGUCGAAGUUGAACGUGCAUUGCGUGUACUUGAUGGUGCUAUAUUGGUUCUAUGUGCUGUUGGUGGUGUUCAAAGCCAGACGCUUACUGUGAAUAGACAGAUGAAACGCUACAAUGUUCCCUGCUUGGCAUUCAUCAAUAAGCUUGAUCGAAUGGGCUCUAAUCCGAGCAGAGUUUUGAUGCAGAUGAGAACUAAAUUGAAACACAACGCAGCCUUCAUUCAAUUACCGAUUGGACUGGAGAAUGAGUGCAAAGGAAUCGUUGACAUUGUUGAACAGAAAGCCAUGUAUUUCGAAGGUGAUUUUGGAUUGAAAGUGCGUGAGGAUGAAGUACCGAAGGACAUGCUGGCAGAAGUCAAAGACAGGCGGCAGGAACUGAUCGAACAUUUGUCGAAUGUUGAUGAUGUUUUUGGCGAAUUAUUUUUGGAAGAGAAGGGGUUCCAAGAUUCUGAUAUAAAGGCGGCAAUUCGACGUUCAUGUUUGAAACGUGCAUUUACGCCAGUUCUCGUCGGUACCGCAUUGAAGAACAAAGGUGUGCAACCACUUCUAGACGCUGUUUUAGAUUAUCUACCGAAUCCGGGUGAGGUCGAAAACAUUGGCUUGAUCGAAAAAGAGGGACAGGAAACGGAGAAAAUAUUCCUGAAUCCUGCCCGAGAUGGAAAGGACCCUUUCGUUGGAUUAGCAUUUAAACUUGAAGCGGGUCGUUUCGGCCAAUUGACCUAUCUGCGUUGUUAUCAAGGUGUCUUGAAGAAGGGCGAUACCAUAUUCAACAUGCGAAGUAUGAAAAAAAUUCGUUUGUCGAGACUCGUUCGGCUGCACUCCAAUCAAAUGGAAGAUGUGAAUGAAGUAUAUGCCGGCGAUAUAUUUGCUUUGUUUGGUGUGGACUGUGCCAGUGGUGAUACUUUCGUCACAAAUCCGAAAUUGAAUUUAUCGAUGGAAUCCAUUUUUGUUCCCGAGCCCGUUGUGUCUAUGGCAAUUCAACCGGUUAACAGCAAGGAUCGAGAUAAUUUCUCGAAAGCUGUAGCACGAUUCACCAAAGAAGAUCCAACAUUCCACUUUCACUUUGACAACGACGUUAAAGAGACCAUUGUAUCCGGAAUGGGAGAAUUGCAUUUGGAAAUUUACGCGCAACGAAUGGAACGAGAAUAUGGUUGUCCAGUUACGCUAGGUAAACCCAAAGUUGCUUUUCGCGAAACACUUACCAGACCCUGUGAAUUCGACUAUUUACACAAGAAACAAUCGGGUGGUUCUGGACAAUAUGCUCGCGUAAUUGGAGUGGUGGAGCCCUUGCCUCCUCACCAAAAUACAAAUCUAGAAUUUGUCGACCAAACAGUCGGCACCAACGUUCCGAAGCCUUUUGUUCCCGGCGUCGAAAAAGGUUUCCGUUUAAUGGCUGAAAAAGGACUGUUAUCGGGAAGUAGGCUGUCGGGAAUAAUCUUUCGACUGAAGGAUGGCGGUCAUCACAUAGUCGAUUCGAGCGAGUUAGCGUUUAAUUUAGCGGCACAGGGUGCAAUUCGGCAAUGUUUUGAGAACGGAAGUUGGCAAAUUAUUGAGCCGAUUAUGAUGGUCGAAGUUGUCAUACCGGAUGAAUUCCAAGGCGCUGUCAUCGGCCAGCUGAACAAACGGAAAGGCAUUAUAACCGGAACGGAUGGCAUUGAAGGAUGGUUUACUAUCUAUGCUGAGGUGCCGUUGAACAAUAUGUUCGGAUACGCUGGCGAAUUGAGAUCGAGCACACAAGGAAAAGGUGAAUUCACAAUGGAAUACAGUCGAUAUGCACCCACUCAGCCAGAGGUUCAAGAACAAAUCAUUAAUGCCUAUCAAAUAGCUGAGGGAUUAGCACCAACCGCAGAUAAAGAGAAGAAGAAAAAGAAAAACUAAGUUCAGCCGAUGUAGCCAAAGAAUUUAGAUUCAGAAUGUUUAAAAGCAGUGCUAUGAAUGUGUAACCUGUCUGGUGAAUACAAUUUGAUUUAUUUAUUUUU